AUGAUUCCAUCCCACUUGAACAACUCCGUGGACAACACCCGCAAUGCCAUUUCUCCUAACGAUGCGUUCCGUCGUUUACGUUGGUCUAUCUUUGAAGACGUAUCUAACAUCCGCGUUCUUGAUGAUCCUCAAAUGCUGGAUUCCCCCUUCUCUAGAACGCAAAAUCCCAGCUUCUCGCCUUUCGUCGGUCACGCAAUCGCAACAGAACCAGCCUCCCAGAUUCCUCUUACAGAGAUUGCAUUCAGUAUCUCAGACCUAGUUAACUACGCCUGUGAGCUUCCAUCUGAGCUCAACAUCUACACGGAACCAGAAGACUUGCGCGUUCGCAGAGCAGACGGCGGCAUCGUCACCGUUGCAGAUGUCGUUGAACAACUCUCGGCCUACUUCAUAACCUACAAGGAAGACAUACUUUUGGCCAAAGACUGUAGCGAGCAGCGAACCCGCUACGCACAUGAGAGAAAGGUAUACAAUGACAAUGUUCCUAGCCCCGGCGAAGACAAGGAGAUUCCAGCCGAUCCUGACGUCUUUUUUGAUGGAUUUUUCGGUAUCAUAGAGCCCACUAUGUCAUCACUUCCGGUAGAGUUAUGGACCGCAGAAGAUGGCUCAAGCUACAAUCCUGUACUGCCUUCAUAG